AUGACAGAAGCCAUAGUACAUAAUUUAAUGCUAGAUACUCUCGAUAUAAUAAAUCAAGAUGAACUACCUAGCGCAGCUCUGGAUAUAACACCAGAUAUGUCGGUAUCUACAUCAUCUGAAUUCAACGAUUCUGAGAUUCCAACGGUAUCCAGUGUUUGUAGAAUAUGUUUACAGUCCGAUUUUGACGAAACAAAUAAAUGCAUUUCUCCUUGCUUUUGUCGUGGAAGUAUGUCCAAGGUGCAUAGAACAUGUUUGGAAAAAUGGCUCCUACAAGCCAGUUCUAGUGUUUGUGAAAUUUGUACAUUUGAAUAUAAAACCAGGCGGGUCGCAAGAUAUUCAUUACUGGGAUCAAUUAAAGCAUGGUUUUUUAGUAGUGAAACCAAAGAUGAAGUAAGAGAAUUCUUCUAUGAUGGAUGUGUGUUGCUUAUUAUGUUACCGUUUAUAGCCAUAUUUUCAUAUGCUGGAUUUUCUCUAACUGAGCAUAUUUUCAACGUAGAUGGACAG